AUGUCGUUCUGUUCUCCUUUCCUCACAGAUGGUGCUAAGGAAGAGGGGAACGCCUCAGAGAGGAUUGACGUACGUUCUUCUCUUUCCAUAUGUAUCUUUUUAGCCCAGAUGGAUUGAUUUAUCCCUUCCCUCCCCCCCCCCCCCACACACACACCGUCCAUUGCUGGAUAUGUACAGAGAUGAUAGGCAGAAAUGGACCGAUUGGGGAAGGGUUUUGAUCCUGUAUGUAGGAAACCUGGUUCCUGCAUAGUGCUGAGUUGGGGAGUUUCCAAAAUGGAGGAUGCGUAUUCUCCAGCAGUUUAUUCCAUCCUGCUGUCUCCCCUUUUCUUGAUACUCUCAGAAAAAAAAAAAUCUUGUUCUUCGUGAGUUUCUGAAGUAGAGAGUAGCUGAAUUAAACAGAGACUUCUCUAGGCUCAGACCAACGCCAGGAGCUGCUAUUUUUACAUAAUUUAUCACUCAUGACUCAUUUGAAAUAUGCAAAGUGCUUUAGAACUGCCUCCACUUUUUGCUUCUGUUCCUUGGUUUGUCGUUUUGAAUUACGUCUCUACAUUAGUCUGCUCCAACCUACGGAUGCGCCAAACUACUCGUUUCUAUAUUCCCUAGCCACUAAGGCCCGGGAUUUGCAAAUUUGGAAAAUGUUAGAUUUGGGGAGAGUUCCCAUAGACGGCUAUAAGAGUCAUGCUGAGUCCUUGUCUCACUGUUAGAAGGUCCUCACUCUGAAUUCUGGGUCUUUAGUCCACUCCUUUAUCCUGGCCUUCAAAACAUAGAUACCUAGUUAAACGUGGAGUUGUUUGUUUUUAUUUCAUGUACUGUGGAAGAAAUGCUAAUCCUUGUCAGAUGUCUGCUGGUUCUACAAAGAAUAUUGUGCGUAUUUAAAAAAAGAAAAGUAAGAGGUUUGCAUAGAUUUCUUGAGCUUCUGAUUUAGCACAGAAUUUAUUUUCAGGUAUUUGCUCUUUGACUGAAUGCAAGUUGCACUAGCAUGCAAACUAACAUGGGAAGACAGGUAGAAGACGGCAUGAACUGGAUAAUAUUUUCUGAUGAUAUUUGAAUAACAUGUUUUGUUUGUCUCCAUGUGAUUGUCCUCCCGUAGAUCAGCGUUCGUGAAUUACAGCUCUUGAGUUCCUAAUCCAUAUGGCUACUGGCAGUAUAGAUCAGUAUUUCUUAACCUUGAGAAAUUUAAGAUGUGUAGACUUCAAUUCCCAGAAUUCCCCAGCCAGCAUCGCUUCUGGUCGUUGAAAUCCACACAUCUUAAAUUUUCUGAGCUUGAGAAACACUGGCAUAUAGGUUGAAGAUUGCUGGGAUUUGUCAUUUGAAACAAAAGAUUAUGAGAGUUGCGAUCUGACCCAUUUAAACAAUGCUCUGGAGAAUGGGUCCUGUUGCGUUGGGCUUGCUUUUGAGUAUAGUUUAUAAAGAUCUCUGCGCCUGUAAUUUUACGACCAGGUGAUGAAGUGGUGCAAAGUAUAUAACUCAUUGAGGUUGGGGAUGAUAAGGUGAUAUUAACAGUUUUCUUUUGAUGUGAUUCGUGGUGAAAACAAUAGUGACACAAGCUGUGGUCUUCUGUGAUUUUUCUCACUCUUUCGCUUAACAUGGACUGAGUUCACCUGGAGCCAAAGUCACUUUUUAUCCUCUUCUGAAAGAAUUUGAGGAUUAGAACCAGAAACGUUAUCCAAAAUGAGUUCUGCCUAUCGACCCAGCAUAAGCAUUUCCUUUUCUCCCUCUGAGGAUUUCAUUGGUCUACCUUUCUGGCGUGGGAUUCUUUCACGGGCUGAGCUGCAAAUGAUUUGUUUUCUUCUUUGUCUAAAAUGGCUUCCUCCUCCUCCUCCCUGACCUCACCCGUUUGCCAACUCUUCGGUCAGAGUCCUGGGCAGCACAGUUGAGUCCUUCCCUUAAGCUCACAGGAAACCACCGAACGGGAAACGCUUUCCAUCAAAGGAUGCUAAUCUUUUACCCAAGCAGCACUGCUACAGCCACAGUAUCUGCAAGAUACAUCAUAAAGUACUCGAAGAAGGCUCAACCUCACGUUUCUUGCUUGAGAAACCAGGUUUUCCAUAGAGAUGAGCCAAUGUUGUUUCAGUUUAUCGAUGCUGCAGGAAGUUGGUGGCUUCUUCUUAUCCUUUGGUGUUUUGCUGGUACCCCCCAAUCUAGAAGCCUCAUGCAUAAAAGAGGACAACAGUUAUGCAGAUGCAUAGAAUAAUUGUAUUAGACCUCUGCACAUCACCCUUCUUCCAGCACUCUAUCCUCUUGUCUCAAAGGUGCUUUUUCAAGAGGCAACUGGACUAUCUUUUUCUUCCUUGAGGGGGAGAGAAGACAUUUCGCUUCUCAUCCGAGAAGCUUCAUCAGUUCCGACUCUUGGAAAAAAGCACCUUUGAGACAAAGCAUGACCUGGAUAACAGGAUCUCCGUAGACCAAAGGUCUUCAAACCUGGCAGCUUUUAAGACUUGUGGACUUCAACUCCCAGCAUAGCUGGCUGGAGAAUUCUGGGAGUUGAAGUCCACAAGUCUUAAAGCUGCCAGGUUUGAAGACCUCUUCCAUAGAUACUCAAUCAUCUUUGUUUUUGGAAUUGGGGAGGAAAAAAAAUCAGACACAGGUCUACCUGCAUUUAGAAAUCGUUGCUUAUAGGGCCAGCUUCUUAGCCCUGGCACCGAGGCUUCCCAUUGUUCAAAAUUCCCGCUUUUUUGCUGCCUUUGAAGGCACCUACAGCCUUGAAAUCUUUGAAGAAGUGUGUGUGUUGAAUUAUUUCCAAUUCUUAAAAGCACCACUGACCUCUUCCGGACAUUGGCCACCCGGUAUCAGAAUCCAUUCCCUUCUUCGGUGUGCAAAGCUGCUGUGGCACCUUCUCACAUGCCUUUUACCUGGACCCAGGUAGCCCGCGUGUAUCCCUUUUCCUCUCUAUCAGAAUCAGCCAGCCUCGCAUCCAGCCUGGCUCCCUGGAUUUCAAAAGCGAACCUUGCCCCCUCCCCCCCAUGCCCCUCACUUUGCAAAAGGCCUGUUCCCAAUCUGUGUAGAUAAACUAUAUAUAGAUCUAGAGAAAGAUAUAUACUCCCUAUUGUGUGGGAAUUGGCAAUGUCCUGUCAUGUGUCUGUUCCUUUCUUCGCAGUUAACUGGGGCUGCUGUUCUCUCUCCCUUUCUCCUCUGGCCACUGCUGUCGUGGUGUUCUUUGAAGAUGCACUGGAAAACCACUCUCUCUGGAGAUUAGGGAUUUAAAAAAAAAGAAAAAGAAAAAAACGGGGGGAAAAAAGCAUAAAUGUUUGUGGGUCGAGAUGGCGGUUGGGGGAAAAUCACCUUGCGAACGACACUGUUCGCUUUCCCCUGCCUUCUUCUCUGUGGUUGUGUAUAAUACUUUUGAGUGUGUGUCUCGGGGUCUGCUGUCUCCUAGCUGUUAGCCAACUAAGUGACUCUUGAUAUAUGAAUAUUGACUGUCAGACUGCAACUGUGUAUCACACUAAAUAAAUUCAGUUCACCACAGUUUUUGGUGUCACUGUUGAUGGGUUUUUAAGGAAACUGCAUCCGGUUAAUGCUCACUUUCGGUGAGAGGCUGUCAAGCAGAUAUUAAAAGAGAAAAAAGGUACAUUGGGAAUCAAGCAGCCUUUUUUUUCUUCUUCAGGUCGCAAAAUUUAUUCAAAGGCCAACGGAUGGUUUACAUUCUCACUUUGCAGGAUAAAAUCCAACGCUUACUCUUCUUUUUCCUGUAAUGUCUGUUUUUCUUCAUGUGCUGUGCUACCAGUAGUAGUCUCAGUUCCCUUGUCUCCUUUGUGCAAGUGAACAAAAAUAUGAUUGUGUCAACUUCUUUAUUUGGAGGCUCUCUGAUAGCAAACUACCGAUCCAUAAUCCACUGUAGCUGCAGUUUAACAUGGGUGUGGUUUGAAAAAACACACAGAUGUGGGCUUUUGCUUGUCAAAGAAGAUAAUUUAUAGCUUUACAAUUAUAAUGUAUACCCAUCUGCCCUGGGUGCCUCCUUUUGCUUUUUGGAUUCGACACAAGAGUUUGGAUAAAUGUCAUGUAACAAGUUUGCAUCUCAAUAGGCAGAAAAAUUGGUUUGAACAACUUCGUAACCCUGUGUUAUUCCCCCAGAGUUUGUCGCUAUUGAAAGUUUUUGGAUGUUAACUGGCCUAUCAGAUGUGUGUAAUUAAAGUAUUAAUGUGAAUUAUCUCAAAGGGCAGGCAAGUAUAGUAAAAAAAAGUUUAGCCAAAUGUAUAAAAUCUGUCAUUGAGCAGUUAGGUUUAUUGGACUAGGCAAAAAUUGAAGAAAAGACAAAUGAAAACUUGCACAGCUAUGGUAUUUGUAUGUGUGUUCUAAAAAACCCAGUGAUGUAAAUUCCUGGCAGGCAUACCGGUACCUUAGUUGUCCUUUUACUAUUCAGGAGGGGUUUAUAUUAUCCCUUUUCCAAGGUUAUACAAAUUGUUCAUGAUCUCAAUCAAUAACAAGGGUGUUUUCAAGAAAACGAAGCCUGCAAUACUAGAAAUGUGUCUUUGAAGCUUAAAAAUUGGGGGGGAGGGGGAGAACAUGACAAACCUUGGGGUUAAUUAUACAGCCAUGUCAUAUUUGACAAUACCCACCACCCAUCUCUCAGGCAAAUGUGCCCAAGGAGAGGUUCAGAGCUGAGAGACGCAUCGAUGGAGUAUCUUCUAGUAUAAUCUGUCGCUGGAUUUAUUGAUCAGCCCAACACCAGCUGAUAAAGCUAACUUUUAAGGGAUUAAUCCUUUCAUUUAGAGCAGAGGUCUUCAAACUUGGCAGCUUUAAGACUUGUGGACUUCAACUCCCAGAAUUCUCCAGCCAGCAAGUCUUAAAAACUGCCAAAUUGGGGACCUCUGAUUUAGAGACAUCCAGAAUGUGGUCCGUGCAUGGCAUGCGUUUAAAGCUCCGAUUCCUCAGCUCAGGACUGCCCCAAGACUUUUAAAACCUUUUGUAUCCAAUUUCAUGGUUUGGAUCUUGGUCUACCAACAUGGCAGUUUCUCAAUUUCAGCCACUUUAAACCUUGUGGACUUCAACUCCCAGAAUUCCUGGCUGGGGAUUUCUGGGAGUUGAACUCCACCCAGUUUAAAAAGUGGCCGAGGUUGAGAAACCCUGCCUAUAAUCUCUUACCAAUUCCCUGCAAUUUCCUGUCUAGCCAAUAGGGAAGCAGUUAGGAAAUUAGCCCGGCCUGCAUGAGGAAAUGUGCCUCUGUGCUCACCGUGUGGAAGGGUUAAAUUCCCCCAAGCAGAACCUCCCACUCUGGGACAGGCACUUCUCUGCAUUUCACAUGUUCUCUGUGUGGCCUUUUCUCUUUCACCAGAAAAGCUGCUGGCUCAAAAAAAAAGAAAAAGCUGUUCAAAAAAGAGCUUUUAAACAAGACAACUGCAGAGAUCCGCCUCGUUUACACACAGCCCUCCUCCCAGGAGCAACUCCAAGAGGAAUUAAUCUUGGAAAAAUUUCUAGCCAAAACUCAAGCAGGUGGAACUAUUUUAUCUGUGACCUUUUGCGGAACACAUCUAGUCUACCUGGUUUGGUGGUGGUUGGUCUUUCUCACGCCCACAUUCUCCAUCUCUGAAGUUGUGGGUGGGUUUUCAUGGUUUUUAAAUCAGCUUUCAUUCGCUUUUACAGCAACAGUGACGAGUGCAGAUGGCAUAAGCAGGGCGCAUUUAAAAGAAGCCAGUGUGCUUUGUAGUCCCACAAGGGUGGGUGGGAUGUUAGUAGGUAAGACGCUAAGCUUGUCAGCAGUUCAGCGGUUCGAAUCCCUAGUGCUGCCGUGUAAUGGGGUGAGCUCCCGUUCCUUGUCCCAGCUUCUGCCAACCUAGCAGUUCGAAAGCAGGUAAAAAAGGCAAGGAGAAAAAUAGGGACCACCUUUGGUGGGAAGGGAACAGCGUUCUGUGCGCCUUUGAUAUUUAGUCAUGCUGGCCACAUGACCACAGAGACGUCUUUGGACAGUGCUGGCUUUUCGGUUUUGAAACGGAGAUGAGCCAUUCCUAGAGUCAGGAAUGACUAGCACAUAUGUGCGAGGAGAACCUUUACCUUUAAGGGUGGAGAACCUGGAGUUUUUCACCUCCCCUCCCUCUUUUGCUAUCAAAAAACAAAACAAAACAACAACCAAGAAAUAUUUUACAGGCAGGCACAUAUGGAUGUUUUUUCUCUUUUUUUUUGUAACUUAUUUUCUCUUAUUGUUUCUUCCAAUGCUUUUGUACAGGAGACAAAUUCCUUGUGUCUAACUUCACCUAUCCAAAUAAAGUAGUCUAUUCUACUCUCUCCUUUCUUUCCCAAAACACGUAGUCCUCGACUUACAGCGGUUCAUUUAGUGACCAUUCAAAGUUACAACAGGACUGAAAAAAGUGACUUAUGACCAUGUUUCACACUUACGACUGCCGUCACAUCCCGAUGGACAUGCGAUCAACAUUCAGAUGCUUGGCAACUGGUUCAUAGUUAUGACGGGUGCAGUGUCCCGGGGUCACGUGAUCCCCUUUUGCGACCUCCUUACAACCAAAGUCAAUGGGGAAGCCAGAUUCAUUUAACAAACACAUGUCACUAACUUAACCAUUGCAAUGAUUCACUUAACAACAGUGGCAAAAAGAAAGUCAUAAAGUGGGGUAAAACUCACCUAACUAAUGCUGCACUUGGCAAAAUACAUUUUUGGCUCAAUUGUGGUUGUAAGUUAAGGACUACCUGUAAUGUUUCAGGCUCUCUCUCUUUUUUUUUUUUACUUUUUAAUUGUCCUCUCUCACUCAUUUUUUUUCUUUAAAAAAAUAUUUCUGGCUCAAUUUCCCAAUUGAGAAUUUCUUCCUUCCUUCCUCUCUCUCUUCCUCUUCUUUCUCUUGCUCCUUUCCUUCCUUGCCCCCUCUUUCUCCCUCCUUUCUUCCCACCCCUCCUCUUCCUCUCCCGCCCUUCCUUCUUCCCUCUCUUUCCCCCUCUUUCUAUUCCUCCCUUUCUUCCCACCUUUCCUCUUCCUUUCUCUUCUUCCCUUACUUCCCCCUUCCUCCCUUCCCUCCCUCUCUUUCUCUCCCUCCCUCCCUCCUUCCCUCGCGCCCGAGGCGGUUGCAGCGGGCCCUCCCGCCCGGGGCUUCCAUCCCGGAACGCGGCCGCCGGAGCGCCCGGCGUCUCAACAGUCUUCGCCGGAGCCCUUUUUCCCCGGCCGCCCUUUGAAACCUCGCCCGGCGCGGGGGCGGAGAGCAGCGCCUUCCCAGCCCCGGAGCCCCGGCCGGAGGAGGAGGAGGAGGAGGAGGUGGAGGCGGGCGGCCAGGCAAGCGGGCGCUCCCGGGCGCGGCCAAUCAGCGCCUCACCUGCCCGCCUUGCGCUCCUUUGGCCCCGGCCGGGCUGGGAGCCCUGCAGUCGUCCUGGGCGGCCGGGGAAGCCUCGGGCGGCGCCGCUGCUGCUGCUGCUGCUUUCGCCACCUGCAUCCCAGCGCCGCACCUGUCCCGCCCGCCCUCCGUCCGCUCACCUGGGCUCACCUGGGCUGCGCCGGCUGAGACCGGGACCGCCCGCCCGCCCGCCCGCAUGGAGCCCGUCCGGCUCCCCGACGAAGCCGCCUUCCGCGCCUUCCAGGCGGAGUGCGAGACGGAGCUGGGCUGGCUCAGCCGCUACAACCGGGAUGGCAUCGCCGUCUGGGGGCAGCUGCCUCCCCAGGGGGGGGACUUCGCCGUGCACCGCGUGAAGGGCCGUGUGAACAUGCCAGACGUAUCAGCGGAGACCGUAUUUGAUGUCCUCCAUGACACCGAAUACCGGAAGAAGUGGGACUUGAAUGUCAUAGAAACCCAUGAGAUCGCCCGGCUCUCUGACACCGCUGAUGUGGGAUACUAUUCUUGGAAGUGCCCCAAACCUUUAAAGAACCGCGAUGUGGUCACCCUGAGGUCCUGGCGAGUCUUGGAUAAGUCAUAUAUAAUCCUCAAUUUCUCUGUCAAGCACCAGAAAUACCCUCCCCGCAAGGACCUCGUCAGAGCUGUGUCCCUCUUAGCUGGAUACCUGGUGCAACCAACUGGACCUAGCAGCUGCUGUUUGACUUAUUUGGCUCAGGUGGACCCAAAAGGAUCCCUGCCUAAGUGGGUUGUGAACAAAGCUUCUCAGUACCUGGCACCAAAGCUUAUGAAGAAAAUGUACAAAGCUUGCCUGAAAUAUCCUUCCUGGAAGCAGCAACACAACGCAGGCAAAAAGCCGUGGUUGCAUCCGGAGCAGAGCUUUCUUCCCACAAUGCCCCUGUCCGAACUGUCCCUCCAACAUGCCUCCUCGCUGGAGAACAUCGACGAGAGCAGUUUAAUGGAAGCCAAGGAAGAGAAGGGAGACAUCAGUGGUUCAGAGAAUUGAUGCCAAUUUGACUUUUGCUCACUUUUGAGACUUAGCACUCGCCAGCCAGCUGGCUUACCCAGUUGGUUUUACAAUAAAGGAUAAAAAAAAAAAUCAGAUGCAUUUUUUUUUUAAUUUCAUGGCCAUUGCAUGGCACUUAUCUUUCCUAGCUCAUUCAGGCAGUGUGGCUUAGAGAAGCUGGUUAGGUAGUGAAUAAGAUAAAGGUAAAGGUUCCUCUCGCACAUACUGUAUGUGCUAGUCAUUCCUGACUCGAGGGGGCGGUGCUCAUCUCCGUUUCAAAGCCGAAGAGCCAGCACUGUCCGAAGACGUCUCUGUGGUCAUGUGGCCGGCAUGACUCAACGCCAAAGGCGCACAGAACGCUGUUACCUUCCCACCAAGAGCCCCGCUGACGGAUCUACUCGGGACCGGGUUUUACAACUUCUGUUACAAAAUCCACCUUCCCUUUUGAAGAUCUGCAAAUGGACCAAAGGGACCACUUUUGCA